AUUAUUCAACUAUCCAGCUCAAGUUGCUCUAUUCAAUAAGGUCGAAUAUAUUGGAACUAGCAUAAAUUAAACAAAAUAUAUACUGUAUAUGAUGACAGACACAGUCAACAGAUGGGGAAGGAAUCCAGCAGAUUAGUGCUUGGUGCAACUUCAGUAGUAUUAUUGCUUGUUAUCUUCUUGCUUUAUGCUGCAUAUUUCACAUCCGAUGUUAACCCAUUUGAUUCAUGGAAGGACCAUCUAUCAAAUUGGAAUGGUAGUCCCUACAGAAGAAAGGUUGAUAAAGGCGUAGAACUUGUUGAACCUCUAGAAUUUACUAUGAGAAGAUUAGUGAGAGGUGAAGAUCGAGUUCAGCUUGAAACUACUGGUUUUUCUUGCCACUCUGACCUUCACUCAGAAGUAUGUGUCGCAAAAAAACCAGUUAUAAUUGACAACAAUGCAUUAACUGCUUACCUACAAUCCUCUCAAGUCCAAGUUAAUCACACGGUUAGACCAUAUGCUAGGAAAGAGGAUGAGACGGCUAUGGUACAAGUCUCACCUGUGCAAAUACUUCAUGGAAAUGCUAGCUUACCUGCUUGUCAAUUCACUCAUGAUGUCCCAGCUGUUGUGUUCUCCUCUGGUGGCUUCACAGGCAACCUAUUUCAUGAGUUUAAUGAGCUCAUCAUCCCCUUAUUCAUCACAUGUUACCACUUUAAAUCCCACCUACAAUUUGUCAUCACUGAUUUUAAGCCUUGGUGGGUCAGAAAAUACAAUCAGAUUCUAACCCACUUGUCAAAAUUUGAGGUGAUAAAUGCAGCAAAAGAUGGAGGUGUUCACUGCUUUCCCGGAGCAGUUAUAGGGUUAAAGUACCAUGACAAUCUAGCCUUAAAUCCUACAGAAAUUCCUGGAGGGUAUUCCAUGUUUGACUUCAAGCAUUUCCUAAGAGAAACAUAUAACCUGAAGAUAAAGAAUGUUUCUGAUAUAGAAAAGCCAAAGCUACUUCUCAUAUCUCGUCCUAAAACAAGAAAGUUUAUGAAUGAAGAUGAAAUGGUGGAUAUGAUGGAGGAACUUGGUUUUGAAGUUGUUGUGGCAACACCUAAUAGGAUGUCAAACUUGGACAAGUUUGCAGAGGUACUCAACUCGUGUAGUGUCAUGGUUGGAGCACAUGGUGCUGGAGUUACAAAUACUGUGUUCUUGCCUGCUGGGGCAGUAAUGGUCCAAGUGGUGCCACUGGGGUUGGAUUGGGCUUCAACAGCUUACUUUGGUGGACCAGCAAAAGAGAUGGGGAUGCAUUAUUUGGAGUACAAGAUUGAGCCAACGGAGAGUUCGCUUUUCAAAGAGUAUGGUCCAGACCACCCAGUAAUUUCUGAUCCCAUGUCUAUAUUCUUGAAGGGCUACAAUGCUGCAAGAGCUACAUAUGUUGACGGGCAGAACCUGAUGAUAAACUUGGUAAGGUUUAGGGAGACCCUUGAGAAAGCAAUGAAGUUUCUUGGACACUAAAUUGCUUUAUUGUGGGAUAAUAGAUUUGGGGUAUAUGUCAUUAUCCUGUGAAGUAAGAGGAAAAAAAAAUGCAUAUAGAAUUUUUUUUUUUUGGUCUUGCAUAGAUUCAUUCAAUCAUGUUUUUUACAUAUUGUUUGAGAAA